AUGUCCAAAAGUAAGGGACCAUCGGCCAGUUCACUUGGUGCACGUGGACCGAGGGCACAUCGUGCCAAAGAGUACAUGUACACUUUGGUUAACACCAGCGAGCGCUUAGAUUCAGCCCUUGAAACCUUGAGAAGCGUGAGUGAAGAAGGUCCGAAUCUAGCUGUCGAUGGCGAAGGUGUUAAUUAUUCCAGAAGAGGAACGCUGUCUUUAAUUGUCAUCGCAACAAGAGAUCACGUUUUCCUGUUUGAUAUCCUUGAGCUAGGGAAGCGUGUUUUUGAUCGCGGGCUUCGCGAGAUUCUGGAGGAUCCUACACGUGAAAAGCUGAUGUUUGACUGCCGUGAAGAUUCUGAUAUCCUCUGGCAUCAGUACCACGUGAAACUCGACGGUGUCCUGGAUUUGCAGCUUUUGCAAAUUAUGUUUUGUAAUAGAGAUAACUCGGAUCUCUCGCCGUUUGGUCGAAACAGAGCUGCCGUAGCACCCUGCGUAAAGGUGCUUAGUUUGUUGCGUUGUCUUGAGCUUUACACCGACGAUGUUACGUGUAUUGAAAUAAAAAAAUCUGUUGGCUCAACCUUCGUGCAAUCACCAGAGCAGUGGAUGGUCAGACCUAUUCCCAGCGACAUGAUCAAUUACGCAUGCGUCGACGUAUCAACCCUGUUUAUUCUCUACGAGAAAAUGAAAAUGGGCGAUCUAGACAUGAGGCGGUUGAAAGUUGCAUCAACGUGCUACGUCAGUCUGAAGCGUUCGAUAAAAAAUCGCCGUUAUGACAAUUUUGAGAAAAACGGGUACCUUCCGCUUAAUGUAAUACCAGAAAAAGGAUAUGUCAAUUUUUCACCCUAUCAAUCCUCUGAAGGCCCCGAGUGUGUGGGCUGUCAAAGAUGCUUUCCGCGAGAAGCAUUCACUAAAACACAGCUUAGAAAUGGAGAACAAAAAUGCAAAGUUUGCAGGAAGGUGAAAUACAAUAUAGAUGUCCAGAGAAACAAAGAAGAAAACUGCAAAAGUGAUAGCUCUGAAGAUGAUAGCGAUACCCCCGAAGAUGAUACUUCCAUUUUGACCUCGGACUAUGACUAUGACUAUUAG